AUGGCGGUGAGAGAGGUCUCGCUGCACGACUCCUUUCGCCUCCUUCGGGGCCAUCUGCAAAGCUUCCUGGACGAUGCUUCGGCCCGGAGGAACUCUGAGAGACUGGUGGCCUGGGUGCCCGAGACUGCCCCUGUCGCGCCGGAGGAGCUCUUCAGGUGGACCUUCGCGAGCUCUGGCAGCUGUACUGUGCUGCCGGACCAUCUCCAAAGCUUGGAUGCCUUGACUGCUGCUGGGCUGGUGGGGAAGGAUCUGGAUGAAGCUGGGAUCCGCACCUGGCUGGCCGACAAAGCCGGCAAAGAGUGUGCCGUUGGACGCGUCAGGGGCCUGCCCUCGCACUGGACUGUCGUUCAGGAUGGCAACUGCCCUCUGCGAGACAACGAGCAGCCCCUGCUGAUAAGUAGCGUCCGGGAGGGUGAGAACGUGACAUAUCUGCAGAAAUCCGUUGUGGUUCCGCUCUACGAGGAGGGCCAGGCAGAAACGCUUGCUGCGCAAGACGUCCUGGUGGCGGCACUAGUGAUGUUCUGCCGCCAGCUGCACAUCACGGACCUAGAAAUUCGACUGUGCCGCGCUGGUGAUAAGGUCUGCAUAACCUGGGCGGCGCUGCAGCUGGACGAGACCGCUGGCUACCUCUGUGCCGAGCGCUGGGGCAACUGCCGCUUCCCGGUUGGCUUCGGGCGCCCAGAACUGCCCGAGGAAAAGGCCGUGCAUGAUCUCGACGCAAGAACAGGAGCUUCCCUGAAGUUCACCUUGCUGAAUCGACAGGGCCGUGUCUGGACCCUUAUCGCAGGAGGCGGUGCUAGCGUCGUGUACACAGACACCAUCUGUGAGUACGGCUAUGCGAAGGAGCUCGCAAACUACGGCGAAUACUCAGGCGACCCCCCUGAGGAGUUUGUCUACGAGUAUGCCAAGGUGAUCUUGGGGGUCAUGACAUCCUCACCGGAGCCCCAUGGGAAAAUCCUGCUGAUCGGGGGCGGAGUUGCAAAUUUUACUGAUGUUGCCAGCACGUUCAAGGGCCUGGUGAAGGCCUUGAAAGAGUUCGGAUCUGCCCUGAAGGCCUGCGGUACGACAGUUUGGGUGCGCCGUGGUGGUCCGAACUACUCAGAGGGGCUCACAAACAUGCGAAAAGCAUGCGAGGACAUCGGAAUCCCUGCGCAUGUGUACGGGCCAGAAGCUCACCUCACGUCAAUUGUGCGAGAUGCACUUCUGGAGAAGGCCAAAGAUGCUAGCAUGCCAGUUCCGGACGUCAAGAUCCGACAGGUCGACUCUGCGAAGAGGCAACGACGAGGCAGCAAUAGCCUUAUGCAGUUUACCUUGGAGACUCAAGCCUUCGUGUAUGGGAUGCAGACGAAAGCGGUGCAGCGAAUGCUUGACUUCGACACGCUCUGCGGCCGCAAAACCCCUAGUGUGGCGGCCAUAGUCAACCCAACCGGCGAGGCAACUUUUGAGAAGUUCAUGUUCGGCUCUGCAGAUGUCUUGAUCCCCGUAUACACAUCGUUGGAAGAUGCUGUGGACAAGCACGGCAAGACGCCCAAGAUGCUCGUCAAUUUUGCUUCAUUCCGGUCUGUCUUUACUGCGACUAUGGACGCACUGAAGUUUGCCAGUGUCAUCAAAACGCAUGCCAUCAUCGCAGAAGGCGUCCCCGAAGCAUUGACACGCAGGAUCCACUACGAGGCCGAGAAGGUUGGGGUCGCCGUCAUCGGACCGGCUACCGUAGGUGGCAUGAUGCCCGGGCGCUUCCGCAUCGGCAACGCUGGAGGAGCGGUGGAAAACUUGUUGCUGGCCAAACUGUACCGGCCCGGAUCCGUAGGCUACACGACCAAGUCGGGUGGUAUGUCCAACGAACUGAACAACAUUGUGGCGCUGAACACCGACGGCGUGAGAGAAGGCAUCGCCAUCGGAGGAGACAGGUGGCCGGGACUCCGUUUUUUGGAUGUUCUGCUCCGCUUUGAGGCGGAUCCUGACGUCAAGAUGAUGGUGCUCCUGGGUGAGGUAGGCGGACGUGAGGAGUUUCUCGUAGCAGAAGCCCUCCAAGACGGACGCAUCACCAAACCGCUCGUCGCCUGGUGCUGUGGCACAGCAGCCGAAGCCUUCGACUACGACGUCCAAUUCGGCCAUGCAGGCGCUCGGGCACGUGCAGCCGACGAGACGGCGGGGUCCAAAAACCGGGCUCUCGCGCAGGCGGGAGCUCACGUGCCCCGCAGCUUUGACGAGUUUGGUGACCUGAUCGCCUUGGUCUAUCAGGCUCUGGUCAAGGCAGGCAGCAUCGUUGUGGCUAGCGAGCCUCCCGUGCCGAAGCUUCCAAGCGACUACGAGUCGCUUCGAAAGAAAGGCAUGGUCCGCAAGCCUGCGAAUUUCGUCUGCUCCAUUUCCGAUGACCGGGGAGCAGAACCGACCUAUGCCGGGGUGCCCAUCUCGGAGAUUGCCAAGGACGAGGAACUCGGCAUUGGUGGCGCUAUUUCGCUGCUGUGGUUCAGGAAAAGACUGCCACGUUAUGUCUCCAAGUUCAUCGAGCUAUGUGUGGUCGCGACUGCAGAUCAUGGCCCGUGUGUGUCCGGCGCGCACAACACCAUCGUGGCAGCGCGGGCCGGGAAGGAUCUAGUGUCCUCUCUCAUCUCCGGUUUGGCGACCAUCGGUCCUCGCUUCGGGGGUGCCCUUGAUGACGCGGCACGCAUGUUUGCCUCUGCCUUGGACGGUGGUCUCACGGCCGCCGAGUUUGUGGAGAAGUGUAAGCAAGACAAGACAGUGAUCAUGGGGAUCGGCCAUCGCGUCAAGUCGCUAGACAACCCGGACGCGCGAGUCGUUCUCAUCAAGGAGUACGCCAAAGCCCACUUUUCUGCCACGCCGCUCCUUGAUUUCGCCUUGGCGGUGGAACAGAUCACCACGAGGAAGAAGGCAAAUCUUAUCCUCAACGUCGACGGCUGCAUUGCCGUUUGCUUUGUGGACUUGUUGCGAGGCUGCGGUGCCUUCACGAGGAGCGAGGCAGAUGAUCUGGUCUCCAACGGAGUUCUGAACGGACUCUUCGUGUCGUCCAGGACCAUUGGCCUGGUCGGACAUUUCCUGGAUCAGAGGCGGCUGAAGCAGCCCCUUUACAGACAUCCGUACGACGACGUGACAUACCUCUCUGGCGGCAAUGGUUUGCUUCUCCGCAGCAAUUCCGAGCACUAUCCAGUGGCUGGAGCUGCUCUCAACCAAGGCCAGAAAUUGCUGAGACGCCGCAUAGACAAGGUCUUGAGGGCCGGAGAUGCCGGGAGGCCUCCAUGCUGGUGCGAGACGGGAGAGUCUCGCAAGCAGCCGGAGCUCCCCCGGCAGACAACCCCAAGACAUCCACUUUCCGGCGAAGAACUCGUAAUUCCGAUGCCAAAGAAAAGGCGCGCCCUUGGUCAGCGGCGCGAAGCACCACGGAUUAUGUUGACUUUGUCUUGUCUUUCUUAUGCCUUGCCUCUUCCAAGGGGUGUGUUCCAGGGCGCUGCAGAAACGUUUGAUAGGCAGCUAUAUACCCGUGCGCUUUCCCCUCUAGCUCUCCUGGCCAUGGCCGUACCGCUCAGCGACUCAGCCGAUCUGAGGAGAUGCCACUUGGCGACAUGGCAGGAUGGCGAGCCAGGCUCCGUGGAUGAGCCGGCCGUGAACAAAGUCUCUAACCCCAUGGCGCGAGCUUUUCCGGACAUGUCCUUCAUCAACUCCAGCGAGAUGGUCGCGGGCAACAUCAUCCAGAACUCGGACCCGGACACGCAGAAGCCGAACCCGCUGCUGAGCUCCGGUUGCCUGCGAGCCAAUGCUGCCCGGCAGCUCUUCUGGGAGCCCAACAAGGUCAAGGCCGCCGUGGUCACUUGCGGUGGGCUUUGCCCAGGUCUGAACUCCAUCAUUCGCGGCGUGACGAAGUGCCUGUGGAAUGAGUACGGGGUUCGCGAGAUUCUGGGGAUCACCGCCGGCUACAAUGGCCUCAGUGAUCCGGAGACCCAUCCUCCCGUGAAGCUCACAGAGGAGAUGGUUCGCGACAUCCACAUGAAGGGCGGAAGCAUCAUCAAAGCCGCGAGGGGUGGCUUCGACGCCGAGAAGAUCUGUGACAACCUGCAGCGGCUUGGCAUCACCGUCCUCUUCUUGGUGGGCGGGGAUGGUACCCAGUUUGCAGGGCACUUGCUCUACGAGGCAGCUCGAAAGCGACGCCUUGCAGUGAGCAUCGUGGGCAUUCCGAAGUCGAUCGACAACGAUGUGGUGCUGUUUGACCGGACCUUCGGAUUCGACACCGCUGUCGCCAAGGCAUCAGAGGUGAUCCGGAAUGCCUUGGUGGAAGCCAGCAGCUGCGACCGAGGUGUGGGGAUUGUCAAGCUCAUGGGUCGAGAUUCUGGCUUCGUCGCCAUGCACGCAGCCACUGCCGCAGAUGUGGUGGACCUUUGCAUGAUCCCGGAGGUGAAGGUGGAUAUGAAGGAUGUCAUCGAGCAUGUCGAUGCGACUCUGGCCAAGAAGAAGUACAUGGUGAUUGCAGUCGCAGAGGGUGCCGGACAAGAGCUUGUAUCCACUGGGAAGCAAGACGACACUGGGCACACAGUCUAUGGCGACAUCGGUGUAUUCCUGAAGGACACCCUCAACAAGCAUUUGAAAGCUUCUGGGGGCCGCACUUUCUACAUUGACCCUUCGUACAUAAUUCGAUCAGUGCCCAUCACUCCGAACGACCACAUCUACUGCGUCCGCCUGGCCAACGAUGCGGUGCACACGGCCAUGCGAGGAUACACCGGGGUUUGUGUCGGGGCGAUGCACAACGUCGUGUGCAUGCUUCCCUCGAGGCUCAUCGCAAGCGGCAAGAAGAAGGUCCGGCCGCACAGUAGCUCCUGGCAGGGUUGCGUCCAGACGUGCAAUAUGCCGGCUGCACUCACGGGGCUCGGCGUUUGA